AUGGCGGCUAGAGCUUUGUCUCUGGAUGAGGAGCUCUGCUGUUCUGUGUGCUGUGAAAUCUUUGAGGACCCUGUAGUCCUGAAAUGCAGCCACAGCUUCUGUAGAGUCUGUCUGCAGCGUUGCUGGGAAGAGAAGAGCUCUCGGGAGUGUCCCAUCUGCAGGGGGAAGGCCUCUAUCGAACCUCUACCUAACUUGGUUCUUAAAAACAUUGUGGAGACCUACGUGAAGCAGAAAACUGAGAGUGAAGCUGCAGAGAAGAGUGAAGCUCGCUGCAGUCUUCAUGGAGAGAAGCUUCUACUCUUCUGUGAGGAGGACCAGGAAGCUCUCUGUGUCGUGUGUCAGACUUCAAAAAAACACAGAAACCACCAGCUUUGUCCAGUGGAAGAGGCUGUACUGGAUCUGAAGGAGGAACUCAAAGCUACACUGAAAUCUAUUCAACAAAAUCUGAAGAGGUACACUGAAGUGAGGAAAGACUGUGAAAAAACAGCAGAACAUAUCAUGAAUCAGGCCCAGCACACAGAGAGGCAGGUAAAGGCAGAGUUUGAGAAACUCCACCAGUUCCUGCGAGAUGAAGAGGAGGCCAGACUAGCUGCACUGAGGGAGGAAGAGGAGCAGAAGAGUCUGAUGAUGAAGGAGAAGAUAGAGAACAUCACCAGACAUGUCUCUACCCUUUCAGACAAAAUCACAGACAUAAAGAAGGCCCUGGACACUGAAAACAUCUCCUUCUUAAAGACAUACAAGGCUAUCAAAGACAGAGCCCAGUGCACACUGCAGGAUCCAGAGCUGCUUUCAGGGGCGCUGAUAGAUGUGGCCAAACACCUGGGCAAUCUGAAGUUCAGAGUCUGGGAGAAGAUGCAGAGGAUGGUGCAGUACACUCCUGUGACUCUGGACCCCAACACUGCACAUCCCUAUCUUUCUCUGUCGGAGGAUCUGACCAGUGUGAGGGACACAGAUACUGAACAGCAGCUCCCUGAUAAUGCACAGAGGUUUGACUACUGUGUGUGUGUCCUGGGCUCUGAGGGGUUUACCUCCGGAAAACACAGCUGGGAGGUGGAGAUGGGGAACAAGCCUGAGUGGGAUGUAGGAGUGGUGAAAGAGUCCACCAGCAGGAAGGGGAAAAUUGUGUUAAACCCUGCGAGUGGAUUCUGGGUCAUGACUCUGAGGAAGGGUCGCCAUUACGGAGCAGAAGGAGUGACACCGCUCACACUGAAGAGGAAACCCCAGAGGAUCAGAGUGCAGCUGGACUAUGACAGAGGGGAGGUGUCCUUCUAUGACCCUAGUAACAUGUCACACGUCUACACUUUCAAGGACACAUUUACUGAGAGAGUAUUCCCGUUUUUUUCUCCGUGCCCAAACGACGAUGGCCGUAACCCUGGAGCCCUACGAAUUGCCAUUAAUGAGCGGCCUGUCCAAUGGUAAAAUCAUCCUGUUAUAAUGUGUAGAGCUUCGCUAAUACCCUUUCAACUAUAAAUCUGCACCUGCUGCAUGUGUGACUCUUCUGAUGCGGACUGAAGACCCACCUCUUCAGACUGUACCUCAGUUCUACCUCAGU